GUCGGAGCGCAGCGGUGGCGGUGUCGGCGGCGGUGCCAGGCCAGCCUGUGUUCCACUCGCUCGCCUGUCCGGGGCCCAGAGGCGGCCGCGCGGGAACUUUAAGUAAAGAUGUCCGAAUACAUUCGGGUAACCGAGGAUGAGAACGAUGAACCCAUUGAAAUCCCCUCAGAAGAUGAUGGGACAGUGCUGCUGUCCACGGUCACUGCCCAGUUCCCAGGGGCGUGUGGGCUCCGCUACCGGAAUCCGGUGUCCCAGUGCAUGAGGGGCGUCCGGCUGGUAGAGGGAAUUCUGCAUGCUCCCGACGCUGGCUGGGGAAAUCUGGUGUACGUCGUCAACUACCCAAAAGAUAACAAAAGGAAAAUGGAUGAAACAGAUGCCUCAUCAGCAGUAAAAGUGAAAAGAGCUGUGCAGAAGACCUCUGAUUUAAUAGUCUUAGGUCUUCCUUGGAAAACAACUGAGCAGGAUUUAAAAGAAUAUUUCAGCACUUUUGGAGAAGUCCUUAUGGUGCAGGUCAAGAAAGACAUAAAAACUGGCCAUUCAAAAGGAUUUGGUUUUGUACGUUUCACGGAGUAUGAAACGCAAGUGAAAGUGAUGUCACAGCGCCAUAUGAUAGAUGGACGGUGGUGUGAUUGUAAACUUCCUAAUUCCAAGCAAAGCCCAGAUGAGCCUUUGAGAAGCAGAAAGGUGUUUGUUGGGCGCUGUACAGAGGACAUGACAGCUGAUGAAUUGCGACAGUUUUUUUGCCAGUAUGGAGAAGUGGUAGAUGUCUUCAUUCCCAAACCAUUCAGGGCUUUUGCCUUUGUUACAUUUGCAGAUGAUCAGGUUGCCCAGUCUCUUUGUGGAGAGGACUUGAUCAUUAAAGGAAUCAGCGUACAUAUAUCCAAUGCUGAACCUAAGCACAAUAGCAAUAGGCAGUUAGAAAGAAGUGGAAGAUUUGGUGGUAAUCCAGGCGGCUUUGGAAAUCAGGGUGGGUUUGGUAACAGUAGAGGGGGUGGAGCUGGUUUGGGAAACAACCAAGGUAGUAAUAUGGGUGGAGGGAUGAAUUUUGGAGCUUUCAGCAUCAACCCUGCCAUGAUGGCUGCAGCCCAGGCAGCCUUGCAGAGCAGCUGGGGAAUGAUGGGCAUGUUGGCCAGUCAACAGAAUCAGUCAGGCCCAUCAGGCAACAACCAAAGUCAAGGCAAUAUGCAGAGGGAACCCAACCAGGCUUUUGGUUCUGGAAAUAACUCAUAUAGUGGCUCUAACUCUGGUGCAGCUAUUGGUUGGGGUUCAGCAUCAAAUGCGGGCUCAGGCAGUGGAUUUAAUGGAGGCUUUGGUUCAAGCAUGGAUUCCAAAUCGUCAGGUUGGGGAAUGUAGACAGUUCUGAUACUAUGGUGGGAAUUAAAUUUUUCUAAACUCAUGGUAAGUAUAUUGUAAAAUACAUAUGUACUAAAAUUUUCAGAAUCAGUUUGUUCCGUGUGCAGUAUAUUCAGCAGUAUUUUUGACAUUUUUCUUUAGGAAAAGAGGAAAAAAAAAUAAAGGAAUUUUAUAAGUUUUAUUACAUAAAGGGUUGAAAUACUGAAUGGUUGAAAGUGAACUGCUAUUUGCCUGAUGGGUAAACUAACACACUACAAUUGAUUAUAAAAAGAAAAAAAAAAAGAUUUCUCCUGUGAUAUUUUAUCCCUGGACUUCUCGUCAAGUGAAUUUCUUUGCAUGUUCAAAAUGGAAACCAUUAGUCAGAACUUACAUUUUCCUUGUUUUAAUUUGAUCCCCACCAUACAGAUUUUUCCUUAGAAAAAUCUCCGAUCUGGAGUACAUGGUGUCAUGAUGUUGGUAUUUUUGUUUCGUUUGGUUUUUGUUUUGUUUUUUAACACUGUCUCUCCUCAUAUACUAAAGUACGAUAUGAAGGCUUCAUUUAAUCUCUGCAGUUCAUCUCAUUUCAAAUGUUUAUGGAAGAAGCACUUCAUUGAAAGUAGUGCUGUAAAUAUUCCGCCAUAGGAAUACUUCUGUCUACAUGCUUUCUCAUUCAAGAAUACUUCCUCACCCUGCACAUGCUGCGUCUUUGACGGUGGGUGUCCCAUUUUUAUCCGCUACUCUUUAUUUCAUGGAGUCGUAUCAACGCUAUGAACGCAAGGCUGUGAUAUGGAACCAGAAGGCUGUUUGAACUUCUGAAACCUUGUGUGGGAUUGAUGGUGGUGCCGAGGCAUGAGAGGAUGGUAUGAGCGAGAAACAGGAGAGAGCGCGUGCAGAGACUUGGUGGUGCAUUGAACUUGGCGAGAUGUGUCUCUCGAUCCUGUGGCUUUGGUGAGAGAGUGUGCAGAGAGCAAUGAUAGCCAGUAAUGUACGAAUGUUUCUUGCAUUCAAAGGACAUCCACAUGUGUUGGAAGACUUUUAAGUGAGUUCUCUUCCUAGUUCAACUAGUUGAAUGUGUUAAGUGAAAUGAAUUAUUUGUAUUUUUUCCCUUAUGUCAACUGCUGUGAAUGCUGUAUGGUGUGUGUUCUUUUCUGUUAAUGAUAUGUAAGUGUGGUAAUGUGACCUGAAGAUGAUGGGGGCUGUGACUGGGAACAUUGACUGAGCUUGUGGUGUGCUUUGCAGGGUUUCUUUGAAGCAGAGUCCACCAGUGAGCUCAGGGUGUGUCUCAAAGAAGGGUGGAAGUUCUAAUGUCUGUAAGAUACCCCUAAGAAUGCUGUUUGCUGCAGUUCUGUGUUCUGUGCUUGGAUGCUUUUUAGAAGAUUUGUCAAUGUUGGAAAUUCUUAAAUAAAACUGAUUUAAAUAAUAUGUGUCUUUGUUUUGCAGCCCUGAAUGCAAAGAAUUCAUAGCAGUUAAUUCCCCUUUUUUGGCCCUUUUGAGAUGGAACUUUCAUAAGUUUCUUGGCAAUAGUUCAUUUUGCUUCAAAUAAACAUGUUUGAAAAGUUGUCUCAAGUCAAAUGGAUUCAUCACCUGUCAUGCAUUGACACCUGAUACCCAGACUUAAUUGCUAUUUGUUCUUGCAUUGUCCAAAAUAAGUUUUGUUUUUUGUAUUUUUUUAAUCUAGUUUUUAAUGAGUCUGGGUGACCUCACCUAAAAUGGUAAGCAGUACCCUCCAACUUUCCUUAGUGCCUCUGCACAUUAGGUGAUAUUCUUAUUACACAGUUUAUAUGAAUUUCCAUUUGGGGAAAUCAUGUCUACCUUUUAGAAUGUUUUGAUUUGGGGGAAUUGGGUAGAGCAGUUAAUGUUUAAAAGAUUGUUCUUCUCUUAUGCUUUGUAGCAAAGCAGAUAAGCUUUUUUUUCUUUUUAAAAAUGGUUAUACAGACACCUUACCUGAUGGAUGUAAGAGGGAAAAGUGAAGUUAAUUGUAAUGGGGGAUAAGUUUGAAGAAACCACAAAGUUUGUCUUGUGCCUAAAAUAAUCAUUUAGGAAACGUGACAGCUUAUGAACUGAUAGGGUUGGUUUCUUAUUUUACUGGGGAGGGAGGGGGGAGAACCUUUAGGAAUUUCUGUCCUUAUCCUCUCCCUCAAUCCCUCCCCUCUCUUCCCCUUUUGAAGUGGAAGUAUAGUAAUGGUAAAUAAAAUUAUUUGCAAACCUCAGAUUAGGCUCUUGUGCUGCGUUGUUAAGUAUGUGAAAGCAAUAAUAUGUUCAUUCUUUAUUAUUGUAUUUCAUGUAAGAGCAUUAGAGUUCUUGUGUUGUUACUGCCUUUAAUGCCCUUAUCUAGUUGGGUUACAAUAAAUAGGUUUGUCAUUUUGCAAGCUGUUUCAAACAAUGAAGUCAUGAUUUCCUUUAGCUUUUUAAGUAAUCCCCAAAUUGUUUCAUUAUUCAUUUUCCUCUGUAAAAAGGAUCUUGAGUUGUUUUAAUUUUUUUCUGCAUCUAAAGCUGCAUGAUGUCCAAAUCCUGUACCAUCUGAAUUUUGCAUUUUAGCCCUUGCACUAUUACUCAGCAGCAGUAACAUGGUAACACUUAAAAUGGUAUUCGGGAACCUCCAAAGACUAAACGGGCAAGCCUUCAAGGAACCCAAUGGUAAGUUAACUUGUCAAUGGCAUGGUUUUAAUCCCUUAUUUACACUUGUAUAAGUCCAGAAUCAAAUUAUAGAAUGCGUACAGUGUUGAGUAGUCUCCUAUUAAAAUCUAUUUAUGGGACUAAAUAGCUAUGGUGGGGUAUUAGUUUGCUCUCAGAAAAAAAUAUACAAAAAUAUAUUUUUUAAACUAUUUGGUGUAGAACUGUUUUAAAAUUAUUUGGUCUUCUCUAAAUGCAUUUAUUCUAAAUAUUUUUAAACUAAUUGAAUAAAAGUUAUUGUUGCCAUCAUAA